UUUUUUCUGGUUUGUUUUCCAUCUCCGUUGUCAGUAAAUUGCAGAGAUGAUCGCACAGAGAGUGGCAGUUUCAGUUCUCGCCCUGAGCCUGGGACUGGUAGUGAGUGGUUUCCCUGCCGAGCAGCCAGACAAUGGGAAGCACUGGGUCGUCAUUGUGGCCGGAUCUAAUGGCUGGUACAAUUACAGACACCAGGCUGAUGUGUGCCAUGCAUAUCAGAUUGUCCAUAAGAACGGAAUUCCCGAUGAGCAGAUUGUGGUGAUGAUGUAUGAUGAUCUUGCUCAGAGUUCCGAUAACCCAACUCCAGGAGUGAUCAUAAACAGACCCAAUGGAACCGAUGUUUACAAAGGAGUGCUGAAGGACUACAUUGGUGAUGACGUGACCCCUCAGAACUUCCUGGCAGUGUUGAAGGGCAAUUCUACUGGUGUGAAGGGAGGAUCUGGAAAAGUGCUGAAAAGUGGUCCAAAUGAUCAUGUGUUUGUGUAUUUCACCGAUCAUGGAGCACCAGGUCUGCUGGCCUUCCCUAAUGAUGAUCUUCUUGUAGAUGACCUGAUGAAUACCAUCAAGUACAUGCACCAAAACAACAAAUACAAGAAGAUGGUGUUGUAUAUUGAGGCCUGUGAAUCUGGCUCUAUGAUGAAGCCUCUGCCUGUUGACAUUAAUGUCUACGCUACAACCGCUGCCAACCCUGAUGAAUCCUCGUAUGCCUGUUACUAUGACGAGGCCAGAGACACCUACCUGGGAGACUGGUACAGUGUCAACUGGAUGGAAGACUCUGACGUGGAGGAUCUGAGCAAAGAGACUUUGGCCAAGCAGUUCAAGAUCGUAAAGGCCAAAACCAACACUAGCCAUGUGAUGCAGUAUGGAAACAAGACGCUGUCCCACAUGAAGGUGCUGGCGUUCCAGGGUAACUCUAAAGGUCUUGAUAAAGCAGCCGAGCCGGUUUCGUUGCCUGUGAUCACUGAACAUGACCUCAUGAGCAGCCCUGAUGUGCCCCUCGCAAUCAUGAAGAGAAAACUCGCCAAGUCUAAUGACGUUGAGACUGUUGUUGGUCUCAUGAAUGACAUCCAUGCACAUCUACAGACGCGGGAGCUGCUUGGUAACACUAUGCAUAAGAUCGUGGAGCAUGUGGUCCAGGACAAAGAAGAAGUGAGGGAUUAUCUGGAUGGACGUGAAGAUCUCACACAGUAUGAAUGUUACAAAACAGCUGUCAAGCACUACAAGAAACACUGCUUCAACUGGCACAAGCAGGAGUAUGAAUACGCUCUGAGACACCUGUAUGCUUUAGUGAACCUGUGUGAGGGAGGAUACCAGGCCCAGAGAAUCACAGCAGCCAUGGAUGACGUGUGUUACUUCAGGCAGUAGAAAUGUGAACAUGAGCCAAAGAGGAUUUUUAUUGGACGAACUACACUUUGCACAUAAGAAUGUGACAGUGGAAGAAAUCUGUAUCAUCACACACCGCUUUGAUUUGGAUCUUUUUGAAAAUGUUUCUUUUAAUGAGGAUUUGCACUUUUAAAAGUUUUACUGAUCUUUAUUUUGUUUUAAAGAAAGAAAUAUUCUUUAAGAUACUGCCCAGCGAUUCCUGACAAACACUUUGGGCUGUUUACUUUUUAUAUAUAUAUCGUGUGUAUUUGUUUUGUUUUUUUCUUCGUCAGAUGCCUCAUCAAUGAUAGUGACAGCUUUAGAAUGACACAAUGACUU